AUGGCGUCGCCUUCACCUUCACACUUGACACCGCAAGUGCAUUUCCUAGCGCGUGACCCAAAAUACGAACACGAAAAGCUUUACACGCUUCGAUAUAUCCCAAGCCCUACAGACGACCUUUCUCAGACCAACAUCGACAGAGUCCAACAUGAAUAUGACGACUACGCAUACACAGGUAAGAUCGAGAAAAUUCAUGCUCCCAAAGUCAUGGUUGCGGUGAAACUGGCUUUAGGGGUCACGUGCGCCGGCGAGAUCCGAACUGGCCAAUUGCAACAGGACGUCCGUACGCCUCUAAUCAGCCUGCUUCGAGGGCGCAUAUUGAUCACACCUACGAAGGUGGCAAGGCCAUCAUCCACAAAAUCUUUGACGGCGAGGCAGAUGCAAUAUUGGCGCGACGCCGGUAAUGCGUCAAGUAAGUUUUAA